AAUAAACCGAAGAGUGGAGAAAACUAAAAUUUCGAUUUUGAAAAAUCCGACGAACAGACAUAUAGCAUUAUCAAUACGCAUGCGCAGAAAAUGGAAAUUCCGGAGAUUCCACAGAGGUUUCCCAAUAUGACGUCAUUAGUGGGAAAGCCCUCGAUGAGUGUCAACAUUGCCAAUGUGUUUCUAAGGCAAUACAACAUAUUUGUUGAUAUGCAAUGAGUCAAUGACAACAAACACUGAUAAUACGAGAAAAUGGUGAAACAUUUGCAUUUUGUUCACAACGAUGAAAUAUGGAAGGACCACAUUCGCAGAGAGCUGCAAUCUCAAACUAGAAAAUGGCCAGAAAAAUGGGGAUUUCUGACAAAGGAAUAUAGACAAAUGAACAGAAUCCUAGAAGUGGGAACAGAGUCCAGAGAUGUGACUCCAUCACCAUCGCCACCCCCACCCCGCUCAAAUGGAAUUAGGCUACCCCCUAUACCCAAUGUCCCUAAACAACGAAGAGCAUCAUAUCCCCAAACAACAGCACAAGAAAUUGGUCUGAGGCUAGUUAAUGGACAGGGGUGUUUAGAGAAAUAUGGCUUUAAUGCAAGGGGGUUUAGAAACCCAUGUACCGUAUUUAACGCACCACCUGACGGGGUUAUUUAAAGAAUCUGAAACUUGAAUUUUGCUGUGAUAAUAUUUACUAGAUGCAAAAAUAACAAAUUAAAAAGAAACUAAACAAUCUUAUGUAAUAAAAUUCAAUUUAUAAUCAAAAUAUUUCUUUGAGUUACAAUGAUUCUGCAUACAUGUAGUUUUAUAUCUUCCUUAUCAUUCAUAUCUUCGAAACAUUAAUUUGUAAUGGCCUCAUGUAAUAUUUUAUUGUUCCCAUCCCAUUUGGUCAA